UGCAUGCACCACGCAAGGCCGCCCGCCGCCGCUCAGAUCUUCGUCGGCCCCCUCUCGCCUCUCAACCACAACAUCGCAACAUGUCGGCCUCUGCUCUGCACCGCUACUGGCACGAGAACGGCGCAGGGCCCUCGGCGCGCGGCAAGGCGCCGUUUGCGCUCGUCACGGGCAGCACGGGCGGGAUGGGCGAGGAGUGGGCGCUGCAGCUCGCCGCGCUCGGCUUCAACGUCAUCAUCCAGGGGCGCAACAAGGGCAAGCUCGAGACGGUGCGCUCGCAGAUCCACAAGCUGGCGCCCGACGCCGACGUGCGCCUGCUCGUCACCGAGGCGACGGUGUACCCCAACCCGGCGCUGACCGAGGGCCUGGCCAAGCUGCUCGACGAGCCCGACGUGCGGCUCACCGUCGUCAUCUCCAACCUCGGCGUCAACGAGCUGUCCUAUCCGAAGCUCGACGAGCAGUCGAGCGAGAGCGUCGCCGGCAUCGUGCUCGCCAACGCAUUCUACCCCGCCGAGGUGGCGCGCAUCUGUCUGCCGCAUCUGAAGCGCCACGAGCCGUCGCUGCUCGUGACUGUGACGAGCAUUGGCUGCUGGGCGCCGCCUCCGUAUCUCUCGCCGUACUGCGGCACCAAGGGCUUCGACGUCAGCUUCAGCCGCUCGCUGCACAACGAGAUGAUCUGCGAGAAGCGGCAGGUCGACAUCGUCUGCAUGGUGCCCGGCCAGGUGUCGUCCAACAUGUGCCUCGAGCCAGUCAGCCGCAUGGUGCCGACGUCUGCAGACUGGGUCAAGGCGGGCAUUGCCUCGCUGCGCUCCACGUGGUGGACGCCGCGGCCAGGCGCAGUCGUCGUGCCGUGGGGCCCGCACGCCUGGGGCAUGUUCUUCAUCGCAUGGGCGCCGGCUUUCAUGGUCAACGCCAUCGCGCGCAGCAAGGUCGUCACGAUGCGCGACGAGUACCUGGCGGCGAACGCCAAGGACAAGUAGGCGCGCUCACAAGCUCGAUCCGGGCCUCGCUCUUUACCCAGCCACGUUCUCAGCACGAGGGAUCACGCGUGGCGCUCCAUAAAUAUGACACAUUCCCCUGAG